CGUCGGGGGCCACCCCGGGCUUGUAGACUAUGCGGUGGUUUGGUUUGCUUCUCGGACGGGGGGAUAGAGCAAGAAAGUUGCCCCCGAGUGUGGUUGCUGGAUGGAAGGGAGAGUCCAGUCGUUCGUGUUCGCCUCGGAACGCCACCUUCCUCGUCGCGCCGACACAUGUUCGAUUCGCAAGUGCGUGAGGCAGCCUGCGACAACCUGGAAGGUUCGACACGGCUCGACGCCGGGCGCGACGGCGAUGACAAAAGCAGGCAAUUGGGAGACACGUACGUUGCGUGGAUUUCUGGUUGCACCACGCGCUGCCAGGCUGCGGAUCAUGGACGGGACGUUCGGCUCGGUGCUGAUGGGCACACUCGCGGUAAUGGUGUUGACGUCUGCGGGCGGCGCGCUGUACCUCGCGCUCAAGCUCAUUGCCGAUCAGGCAACGCGGUACCUGUGUACUUCAGUGACGGUGACCAACCGGGACGAGAUGCACGACACGCUCCUGCGCUUCCUCUCGGCACGGAAAGAUUUGUUUGUCUCGGCCGACAAGUUUGUUGCGGAGAUCCAUAAGGAGAGCACGGCGAAGUGGUGGCAAGACGACGGGACGAUGGCCAAGGCCGACGCCGGGCAGCUUGUGCUUCGGCCGGGGACAGGUCACCACGUCCUUCGGUGGCGUGGGGCAACGAUCUGGCUCCAUUGCCACUCGCUCGGCUCGCCAAUGACGCAGGGCUUCCAUCGCAAGCCGUUCUUUCCGGCGGCGAUCACGCUAACAGCACUGACCCGGUCGCGGGCACCAUUGCAGACGCUGCUGGAGGCUGCGCGGGCGGCAGCGGAGAGCGGAAAAGACGGCAAGACCAAGGUGUACGUGCUUGAUGCAUGGUGCGAGGGCUGGGAUGUGGCGGCGGUCAAGGCUCCGCGAUCGUUUGACUCGGUCGUUCUUGACGGCAGCCUCGCCGCAAACGUUCUCGCCGAUGCGCGCACCUUCUUCAGCUCGCAGGCGUGGUAUGUGGCGCGCGGCAUCCCGUGGCGGCGCGGGUUUCUCCUUCACGGCCCGCCGGGAACCGGCAAGACCUCGUUCGUCCAGGCCCUGGCCGGCGAGCUCGGCAAGCCACUCUGCUUCCUCUCGUUGUCGUCGCAGCACCUCUCGGACGAGAUCCUGACCUCGGUGCUCGCAGUGGCACCGCACAACGCCAUUCUGCUGCUGGAGGACGUCGACGCGGUGUUUGUCGAGCGACGAGCUUCAGAUUCCUCCGCCCGCCGCGGCGUCUCGUUCUCGGGCCUGCUCAACGCGCUCGACGGCGUCGCGUCGCAGGAGGGCCGCCUCCUCAUCAUGACCACCAACCACAAGGACAAGCUCGAUGCGGCCCUCAUCCGGCCCGGCCGCGCUGACCGCCACAUUGAGCUUGGCUACGCGAGCCAGGCCCAGGCCACAGCCCUCUUCCGCAUCUUCUUUCCGACCGCUCCCGAGCUUGCGCCCGAGUUUGCCGCCGCCGUCCCGCCGUGCGCGCUGUCGAUGGCCCGGCUGCAAGGCCUGUGCAUGGAGCACAGGAACGAUGCCGUCGCCGCCGUGACCGCCGCGCGCAGCCUCGGCGGCCACGAGUCUGAGCUCGAGUCCAAAGCAUGCCUGCUCAACGACACGCCUAUCGACGAGUGGCUGCUCCGGCUCGGGCUCCACCGCUACUUGCCCGCCUUUGCCCGGGCCGGUCUCGACUACGUCUCGCAGCUGCCAGCCGAGCUCGGCCCGACGUGCGAUGCCGUCGGCGUCAAGCAUCCAGCUCACGUCGCGCGGAUGGCCGGCAUGCUCGCUGGUGCCCGCGAUGUUGUCCGUGGCUACCGCGCCGCCUCCCGCGCUGACAUCCGUGCGCUUAUACUCCGCCGCUUCCGCUGCAGUGUCGACCCGCCGCAGCUCGAGGCUCUCGUCAACGACGUUGCCGUCGCCAUCACACCGGGCUCGACGCCGAUCUCGGUUUUUGAGCUCGAGGCAGCCGUGGCAGCUGCGUCUGAGCCGGAAGACAUUGCCGCUAUCGCGGGAUCGUGGCGCAAGCUCCCUUUGCGGACACCCGAGCCCAUUGCGGCGUUCUGUGCCCGGAUGGGCGUGCCUUGCGACGACCUCCUCGUUGACGAUCUCAGCCUGUCAGACUUGCCCCACGGCGUGACGCCCGACAUGCUCGCCGAUCGCAUGGUCGACGGGCUUGCUAUUGACUGGGCCGAGCUUGGCCUCACCGAAGUUGGCGUCCAGUGGCGAGCCGAAGCGGCUGUCAGGGCCAUCGCCGCGGCAUCGCUCGCCGCCCGCCUUGCCGCCCGCGGCGUGACAGACACCGACGCGCUCGCGCUUCUCGCGGAUGACGACGUGAGGCGGAUGUUUGGCCUGGUCUCCGCCGUGGUGUGUGCCCGAGCUGUUGCCGAGCUGGCUCGGGCCAAGCUGCUGUAAACGGUUUGGUCACGC